AGGGCCGCCAUGUUGCAGCAGGAUAGUAAUGAUGACACUGAAGAUGUUUCACUGUUUGAUGCGGAAGAGGAGACGACUAAUAGACCAAGAAAAGCCAAAAUCAGACAUCCAGUAGCAUCGUUUUUCCACUUAUUCUUUCGAGUCAGUGCAAUCAUCGUCUAUCUUCUCUGUGAGUUGCUCAGCAGCAGCUUUAUUACCUGUAUGGUGACAAUUAUCUUGUUGUUGUCGUGUGACUUUUGGGCAGUGAAGAAUGUCACAGGUAGACUAAUGGUUGGCCUACGUUGGUGGAAUCACAUUGAUGAAGAUGGAAAGAGCCAUUGGGUGUUUGAAUCUAGAAAGGAGUCCUCUCAAGAGAAUAAAACUGUGUCAGAGGCUGAAUCAAGAAUCUUUUGGUUGGGACUUAUUGCCUGUCCAGUACUGUGGGUGAUAUUUGCUUUUAGUGCACUCUUCUCCUUCAGAGUAAAGUGGUUGGCGGUGGUUAUUGUGGGUGUGGUGCUACAAGGUGCCAACCUGUAUGGUUACAUCAGGUGCAAGGUGGGCAGCAGAAAGAAUUUAACCAGCAUGGCUACUUCAUAUUUUGGAAAGCAGUUUUUAAGACAAAACACUGGAGUUGAUCAGACUUCCUGAAUAGAGAAAGCUUAUGUGCUUUGUUACAUUGGGGAACAACUGCAGAGAUUCUUGACUCAACCUUUUAGAGCUUAGUCCAUGUUGCAACGAGGAGUGUUGGCUUUGUUUUUCCACUUAAAACCUUUAUUUAUAAAAAGGAAAAGUAGUUUUCAUAUUAAGUUUUUAUUUCCUUUCCAGCAGUUGGGGCUAGAAAGUAUAUGUUGGCACUAGAAACAUUGUCAAGAUUUGUUCUGUGGUGUAGGUAUGCACAUUCCAUAGGUAUGCACACGGCCAUGUAAUAUCAGUAUAUCCCAAGUUAAUGAAAGUGUUCAUUUACAUAGGUAAUGGAGACCUUUGCAUUUUGGUCCAUAGAACAUAGGAGGAUGUUCUUAGUCUGUCUCAAAGCUCUAUAUGUUUACAUAUUAUUUCUGUAGAUUGUUUUCAGGAGAAAGUUUUGCUUCUAUGGUAAGAGUGAGCACUUUGGCUUAUGUAUAAGUUAGAAAUAAUUGUUAGUUUUUAAUAUGUACUUCGUGGGGAAAUUUCUUAGACGUAUGCAAGCAAGUGAAAACAAUUAGGGCCAGUGGUAUUAACUACUUUAUAAAAUUUUAUUUUUGUUUGUAAGAAGUCAUCUACUUAAGGCCCAGUUAAUAUAAGUGGAAUCAUCAUAGUUUAAGGAAUACCCAGAGAUUGCUGCUGUACUAUUUAUUUUACAGAAAGGAUAGCUAGAUUGAAAGCUCUUCAGUGGACCUUGAGCUAAUAGAUCUUUUACCACUAAAAGAGCAUUAUUCUCAUGUCAUAAUGAGAAUAAUAAUUUACAUACUUGGCAUAAUAAAUGCCUAAAAGACAUUUUAUUUUCUGAAUCUAUUUUUUUCUUGCUAUAAUGGGGAUAUUGUAAAUUAUGCAUUUGUAUUAAUGGUAUUUCUUAAAGCAAUCUAUGUAACUGUAAAUUAAACCAAUCUACAAACUA